GUUGAGCCAAAAUAAAUCAAAUAAAAGUUUUAAUUAAGCAUGUAUUAGGUGUUUAAACUAACUCAUCGAAAUUUAUCGAAAAUUAUCGACAUUUUGCCGUCCCUGUACAAAUUGAUUUAGUGUUUAGGUGUAUGUGAAAUUAAAGAUUAUUUUUUAUGACAAAGUUGUUUUUUUUUCGGAGAGUUUUUCAAUUGUUAAUAAUCGCGUUUAAUUAAAACGGAGCUUUGAAAGUGACGUUUACUUCCAAACUUUGGAAAUAGCUAAUUAAAAUAAAUACAGUGUUAUUUUGAAUUGUGAUAUUGUUUGCAACGUAGUUUUAAGAAAUGAGUUUUGAAUAUCUCCGCGACAACUUGCGAAUUUCAAUAGCUCAAAUAUGUCAAACUAUUGGGUAUAAUUCUGCGCAAACCAUAUCUUUAGAACUUCUUCAAGACAUACUGCAUAAGUUUUUAAAUGAAUUUUGUCGAGAUUUAAGACGGCAAAUUGAGCACAAUAACCGAACAGAAGCAAAUUUGAAUGAUGUAUAUCUGACAUGUAAAAAUCUAGAUAUUAACAUUGAUGAGUUGAUCACCUACUUAUAUAAUGUGGAACCUGUGCCGUUUGCUGUAGAUUUGCCUAAGUUUCCUUUGCAGAAAAGUAAAUUUUUGUAUUUUUUGGAUCCUAAAAAUAAAGAAGCACAUUCUCGCCCGCCACAUAUGUACAAAUAUUUACCACCAAUAUUGUCUGCGGAAGAACAAAAUGUGUCAUACCAAAUUGAUAAAAAUUGGCAUAAAUCAAAUCCUGAACUUGAAAAAAAUUCGGCAAAUAGUGAAGAGAUUUUAAACAAUUUGGUUGAUGUUAAAAAUGCGCAUCUAGAGUCUUGUAAAUUAAAUGAUAUUUUCAAAAUUUCUCCCACCUCCUAUUUAAUUGAUAACGAAGGACGACCAACAAGACAACUUAAUAGUGUGACCAUGACAACUGGCGGGCUUAUAUCGACAGCAGUAGACGGCAGAACUCCUGAUGCAAUUGUUCCAGAUGUCAUAGAAAAAUUAGCAGGUCUAGAUGCUCCGCCACAAUCAACACCUCCAGUUCCAGAAGUGGAAUAUUUUUCUAACAGUAUUGAUAUAUUAAAUGGCGAUGAAACCAAAUCUAAUGUUCUUGAAAAAUUUUCGAAUCCUGUAAACACAGAAAGUGAUUGUACAAACGCAAUUUUAUCUGCGAAGGAUUCAAACUGUAUUUCCAAAAAGAUUAAAACUAACACCAGUGAAACAAAGAAUGAAAAACUUCCAGCACUUGUAAAACCAAAUUCUUCUACCACCAUACCGUCACAUAUUCCCCAAUUUUCAAAUAUAAAUAAUGCAAAAGAUUCUAAAGUAAAUAAAAAAAGGCCUCUAAAUAAACAAGCUGAUAACUUUGACCUCCAAAAUGAGAAAUUGCAAAAGAAACGUCUAAAAAUGCUACAAAAACUCAACACAAAAACUGAAAAGAAUAAAAAAAUGUUUGAAAAUUCUGGUGGAAAUACAAAAUCUAAAGAAGAUAUAAAUACAUCAAUUAUGUCUCUUUUUACACCGGGUUCUAAAGAUUUAAACUUUGAUAAAUUAAAAAAGAAACAAUCAAAGCAAAAACACCUUAAACAACAAAUACGUUUAGAAAUGCAUACAAAAAGCAUAAUGAAUGUUAAUUCAGUUGCAGAUGAUUGUUCGGAAAAUAAUAUUUUUACAAAUAAAGCGUCAUUAGACCUUUUAAACACUAAUAUUAAAAGCGAAACAAGAGAAAAUAAUUUCAAAAAUUUAACAAAUAUAGAAUCUAUUGUCAAUGAAGUACAAACAAAUAUAACGGAUGAUUUUAUUUGUAAUCGUGAAAUUAAAAUGGGUCAGCAAGAUUUGAAGGAACCCGCAGAUCUAACAUUAAUUGAAAAUAGGGAACCAAAUUUUUCAUGUAGCGGAAUUAAACUAUCAACUGAACCUAGCCGUUCUAAAUUGAAUAUAUUUAAAAAGAUUUCAAAACAAAAAAACGUAAAAUAUGUGGCUACUGCUGCAAACAAUUCAACAUUAGCUACAACAAACUGUAAUUUGCAAGAUAGCCCAAUUAUAAGUUUGCCAACGGGCACAACUAUUACGCCAGCCUCACCAAAUAUAUCUGAACUUGAAAGCACGUCUCUAAAUAUAAAUGUUAAUAAUUCACAACUGAAUAUUACAUCUGAUAAUUCUGAUAAUAAAUUAAAUAUAAUAAAUAAACCAAAAAAGCGUGGUCGUAAACCAGGCAGUAAAAAUCAACCGAAACUAAUUUCAGUUGAUGGUUUAAUUGCUCCAAACAAUCAAAAUUUAAAAAUGAUUAAAGGAAUGAAGGGCAUAACUAGUAACAUACCAAACAAUGUUAUGAACCAAGAGCCGCUUAAUUUAACUAAUUGUAAUGGUUUUCCAAUGGGAAUAUCAUUUCAGCAAAAAAUGUUUGGACAAGAACUAUUAGAAUCCCAAAUGAAAAAGCGUAAAUCGCGUAAGAAAAUAAAACCAACCGAAAAUUUUAUGAACUCAGAUAAUGUUGAAAUGUUAUCUAAACAUAACUUUGACUCAACCAUUAAAGAUGAAGUAAAGUCAAUUAACAAAAAAUUAUUACGUAUGGAUACGAUUCUAAAAUGUUCACCAUCAAUUUCACCAUUUUUGCCAAUAAAUUCUACUGACAUGCAGAAAACAAUUACAAAUUCUUUAAUGUCCCCGUUAAAAUCACCAGUUUCAAAAAAAAGGGAUCAAUCACAAACCAAUAAUAUAGCUGCGAAUGCGUUUUCAUCGUCUUUUCCAACUUCAUUUUCUAAUAUGCAUCCGAAUAUGCUUUCAAUGUUACCUUUGUAUGCAUUUCCUCCAAGACCUGGUUUAAUACCAACACCAGGAUUAUUUCCGUCACAAUCUUUAGCUGGUGCCUGCAAUAGCUCUUUAUCUGCGCCUUCAUCUUCAGGAUUUUUACCAGGAUUUAUGCCUUUAACAAAUGUAAGAUCAAAUCAGUAUUCUGCGGUAAAAUCAACAGACGAAGAUAUUGAGGUUAACGGAGAUAACAUAUCAAAACAAAUCGAAUUCAGUUAUUGCAAUGUUGCACCACUUGUCACUGAAAACAUUAAAAUGUCUUUAAUUCGAGAUAAUACGAGUAUUCAAGAGAAAGGAAUAGAUGAUCGAGACAGUUUAAAAACGGAAAAAUCAGUAAAAGUUGCAAAAUCUAUAUCAAACUUUUCUAAUUUAGAUGAGUUUUCAAAAAAUUUCCAAAAAAUGGAUGGGUUUGCUUUAUCAGAUUUACCUACAGAUACUUCAAAUACAAACAUAAAAAUUCCAGUAAAUGACAAUCGUAAAGAAACAGCCUGUAGUAAUGAGAUGACUCUACAAUUUGGCUUAGGUCCGAAAUGUGAUUUGGAAAAUAAAAAACAUAUAACUGAAAAUCCAAAUAAUGAAAAAGAAUUAUUUAAAGGGACCUUAGUCAAUUCAAAUAUAAACACUACAUUAAAUAUUGACAAACAGGCUUGUAAUAAAAAUCAAAUGUAUAAUGCACGUUUUAAUUGCAGUAAUGAUGAGCCUAUUGAAGUUUCGGAUGAUUCCACUGAUGCUCCACAAACUAAUUCCAAUAUCAGUACGAAUCCUGUAUAUGCUUCAAAUAUUGAUAACACUUUCCACAAAGUACCAAGUACUAACGUUAAGGAUAUUCAUAUAGAUGACUUUUUAACAAAAAAUCAAAAUAUUGAUAUGGCAAAUAAUGAAUUAUAUUUAACAAAACGAUUAACAAAAAAAAGGAAAAGUGUUAAAAAUAAAAAAAGUGGCUUGUUGUGCUCAAUUACAGAGUCUACGUCAUCUACGACAACUACAACAAUACCUUCUCCAAAUUUUCCUAAUAAUUUGAGUUUAUUCGCCCAUUGUGAAGCAUCGAGUCCAGUGGGCAAGUUAGCAGGAGGUGCGGACUUAAUUCCUCUAUCAGUUGGCACCGGUUUGGCAUACUCAGCUAAAACUAUUCCUGCCACCAGUCUUACAGCAACAAUUACGCCAUCAACAUUUUCUGCAAAACCAAAACCUGUGGAUAAUACAAAUAUAUUUGAUGAUGUUACAAUAAUACCUUCUGCAAGUUCUUUUCAUUCAACUGUCAAUAUGGCAGGGGUUGCUCCGGGAGCAAGUACGUUUUUACAAAAGAAACAUAAAAAAUUGAAAAAAAUUAAGGAUAAAAUGAAAAAAAAAAAAGAUAAAAAAGAAAAAUAUAAGAAUAAAGAACAACGCAGUGAAAAAAAUGUACCAAAAUUGCAAAAAACUGUUUUUGAAAACCUCGAUUCUUCUCUUAAUAAGGAAUUAUUGCGGAAAUUAAAAAAAGAAAAGAAGAAGGACAAAGAGCAACGUUUAACGACGCUUGGUAUUUUACCAUCUCAAUUUUCAACACCAAUAGUCAACAAACACAAUUUAAGUCCAAAGAUGUUGGAAAAAAACGAAAGCACAAAUGAUACUCAUAUAAGUCAACAACAACUGGGUUCCUCUGUACCUAAAUUAACAUUAAAACUUAGUGGUUGCAAUUCACCUACUCCUACUCCACAAAGUGAAUGCUCUGAAGCCAUAACAGCUAGAACUGGUUUUUUUACGAACGAAAGAGAUACAAAGGAACCAUCACCAGAGUUAGCAAGAAUAUCACCAUUAGUUACUAGACCUCCAAAAUCUAAAUAUAAUAUAAAUGACAAUAGUAGUUCCAAGAAUGCAGUCGGAAGCAACGUUGCAGAAAUUUCGAACGACAUCAAUGCUUCGAUAUUACCUAAUAACGGAACACAGUUAUUAGUUCCACCCCCUAGUCCUUGGUUGGCUGGCGGUACAUUAGCUGCUAGCGCUGUUUUAUUACCACAACAGCUUUUACAAAGUACAAAACCUGUGGACCAUACAAAACCAGCGUCCAAUAAAAUACCAACUGAAGCAGCGUCCAUCGAGUCUGUGCCAAAUUCUACUCGAAUAAACCUUAGUAGUCAAAGUCCUGCUCACCAAAUUUCUGAGAAUUGUCGCCCUUCCUCAUAUAUUGAUGCUGAAGGAAAUCGAGUUUGGAUUUGCCCUGCAUGUGGAAAAGUAGAUGAUGGCUCUGCUAUGAUCGGUUGCGAUGGCUGUGAUGCGUGGUAUCAUUGGAUAUGCGUAGGUAUAUUUGUUGCUCCAAAGGAUAAUGAAGAUUGGUUUUGCAGAGUUUGUAUUACGAGAAAAAAGGGUUUACAAGGUUCAGAUAAAAAACGCAAAAAAAGUAAAAAGAAAUAAUAAAUAAUGUAAAUAUUGUCUAUUAUGUAUGCAUUAAGUGUGUUAAUAAUAACAGAAGCACAUUAAACUUAAUUUUAAGUAUUAUAAAUAAGAAAGUGAACAUAUAUAAA